CCGACCUCGGGCACCGAAGUGGCGGGCCGUGCGCAAAUCCCACGUGUGACGCGCGGAUACCUUGAUACUCUUAUAUUCCAUAUUGUUUAAUAAAACCCAGCGCAUCUGAUCACGCCCAAUUCGACAAACGAGGCAGGAGGGAGCCAGAGCGUGGAGAGAGAGGGCAGAGAGAGCACGGCGGGGGCGGAGGGAGCGAGAGGCGGGCGGCGUAGCAUGAGUGCCACCGAGUGCUACAAGUGCCACAAGCCGGGCCACUUUGCCCGAGAAUGCUUCCAGGACGGCGGCGGAGUCGGCCGGGGAGGGGGCCUGGGCCCCAGGGGGGGCCGAGGGGGCCCCCGGGGACGCAUGGACUACAAGCCUCCCAUACGAGAAAAGUGCUACAAAUGCAACCGGAUAGGGCACUUUGCCCGGGACUGCAAAGAGGCGGAGGACCGGUGUUACCGCUGCAACGGCACCGGUCACAUUUCCAAGGACUGCCAGCAUGGACCAGAUGAGAUGUCAUGCUACAACUGCGGCAAGAUGGGCCACAUUGCGCGCGAGUGCAAGGAGCAGGAGAAGACCUGCUACAUCUGCCACAAGCAGGGCCACAUCUCCAGGGACUGCGAGCAGGAUGAGCGAAGGAGUGGUGGUGCCCUGUCUCUCCAGUGCUACCUGUGCGGCAAGCUGGGGCACAUCUCGCGAGACUGCCCCAGCAGCGAGAGGGAUGACCGCAAGUGCUACAACUGCGGCCAUCUGGGACACAUCAGCCGAGACUGCCCUGAGGCCGGCGGCAACGAUACUGUCGCCGACGUCUGUUAUCGCUGCAACGAGCGUGGCCACAUAGCUCGCAACUGCCGGUCGACACGCACCAACAACCGUUGCUACCACUGCGGCGAGGUGGGCCACCUGGCGCGGGAGUGCGAGAUGAAAGCCUGAGAACGGACGGCACGAGACAGACCAGCACUACCACCUGUAGGGGGGCUCCACAAGCCACCCCAGCCAUCCACCUAGGCCAAGAAAAAAAAAAGAAAAAAGGAGGGGGACGCCACGGUAGUGUUUCUCUCCCCUCGUAUCUCUCUGCCCCCACGGAGCCCCCUUGGCCUCCCGCUUUGGAAGGAAGACUCCCUCUGCACCGCGCGUCUUGUCUCUGGGAGGGACGAGUUCUCUCUCUCUUUCGCAAAGUCUGCUUUGCGGCGAUGCUUCGCGAGCAGUCUCUUUCAUUUCUUUCAUGCGCACAUGAUUACCUUUUUUUUCUUCUCACGCACAUGUUGGGAUUAAAGGGAGGGAUCAGUCGUAGUGUCCGGAGGAAAAGUGCGCCGCUUGCAGUGUUGUGCGUGUUUCCGCUUGGUGGCAUUAGAGGGAGUUGCCGGGGGAGUAGUUUGCUGUCGGCGGCAGCGGCGGGAGAAGCUGCUUUUUUUCUCGAGAGGCACAUUGGGGUGUGGUUUAGGGUUGAAGGGACGUGGAGGAGGUGGAGGUCGGCACCUGUUCAUUGUUUUGGUGCCACUGUGGGCGGGAACCGUUUCCGCCCAGCUCGCUCGUUACCCCGCCUCUUCUUGCCCCCGAGCCCGUCGGCCCUUCCCCGCCCGAAUGCGGGCAUGCUGGAACCAGGCAUCUUGAUCAAAGUCCGGGCGGAUUAGAGACAUGCGAGCAAAACGAGAUUGUGCCCCGUGUUUGCGAGGAACAGCUUCCGCUAGUCGCCAUUGUUACCGUGAGGGGGGAGACCCGUGAGGGCAGCCUACGACCCGCAGCAUUUGCCAAGGGUCACAUGGGUUCCUCUAGGGAGAGGUAAGAGAUCUUUUGAAGUUUGCAAGACGUCGUUGAGCACAGGCUUGUCAGCUGAGAGCUCUUCGGAAUGAGUCUCAAGAAAGUGGCUGUCGUACCCAUCGUUGCGGAGCGGUAUGCAACUCCUCGGACGGGUGCACGGCUGGUCGUCCCGUCGUGGCGAGGAAACUUUACGAAACGUUGCGCCGACGUUCGGCACGAAGAAACCAUAUUUAUUUUCUCCUAAUAAAGAAAGCAGACGAGUUGGGCAGGAAGCGUGUUGUUGCCGCCGCGUGUGAUCCCGAUUUGUGGGGCCGAGAUCCGGGGUGCGGUUCUUUGGGGAACGAUGUGGAUGACGCAAAACCCCUUCUUUUGCGAGGGAUGCUCAGGAUUAGUGUACAAAACAGAAACGGGGUUUUCUUCUUUUUUUUUUUCUCACUGUGCUUGUACAAACAUCUCUCCAGUUGUUUGGUGUUCUCGGGAGACUCCGCGAGAGGUCCUUUGAAAAUGGCAGACAGGUGGCGACAGAAUUAAUUACUUUUACUCUCGCGUCGUCGUGCCCAGUGGGCAAGAAAUGGGGCAGAUUUGGCGCGUGCUUAUGACUGGGCAUCUCAAAGGGACCACGAAACUUUAUCUUGGGCUCGAGUUUUACAAUUCUCUCGUAGCGUGAAGCCAGCACGUAAGGCUAACAAGGGAGAUCUGUGUGCUUGCUCCUUUUUGUACAAGUUCCUGUCUCAGUUUUCUUUUUUUAAUUUUGACAAAAGGGUAAUGAACAUAGAGCCUAAUUUCUGGUAUGAGACUUAAAAAAAAAAAAGUUGGAGUGGAGUAUUUUUGUUUCCUAUGAAGGCUGGCUAACUUCAUUGCAACACAUCUAGUGCCAUGCGGGGACAUUGAUCAACGUCACCGAAGUUUGUGUGUUCAAUUGUGGAGCCGAAACAUUACAGCCAAACGUGGCUAACAGACUUGAUGUGAGCACCGCUUCAUUGCCGGGCCUUACCCGGAGACAAGUACCCUGAACUGUAACAAGGUCACCAAACUGUAACGGGGUCUGAGGUGCAGCGUUUGCUCCAAGUACCGUCACCCCAGACACGCAAACAUCCGUAACGGAAACCGGUGCCAGAAUACCCGACCCCAUGCUCUGCUGGCGAGUUGAAGUGAUUAACUGCUAUAUUUUCUGUAACGGCCUGUAUAAAUGUAAAGAAGAACCGACUAAACAUAUAUAGUACAACUGCUGCGAAAAUAGACUGAUAUCACCAGCCAGUUUUGUUACGCCGCGUUGCUCCUGCUAUGCAUCGAGGGAACUUUUGUCUUUUUACACGUGGGACAACCUCCCUGAAGCACUACCGGUUCAGAGCAUGACACGGCACGAGGUGUCUUGAUAACUCCCGCCUGCCUCCUUUCAACUAAAGUUAUGGCGGCGUCACGCACUUGGUGAGAUCGGUCUAUUGGGAAUUCACUCUAGAAAUUAAUGUUCAGUGAAAGUGACAAAAAUUGUUUCAUGGUUCCUUUGAGCUCACUCAGUUAUCGGACCUGCAGAAGCAUUCUUUUAGGCCGAUGAUGGCGGGCUUCCCCUGUGCUCGCCAAGCAUGUCUGUAAAGAGGAAGGGGCUCCAAAUUGUCUCGGCUGAGGUUGCAAAGUAUGAACAGAGUGAAGGAAGGGAGUGGUCUAUCCUGUUUUUCGUCUUUAUAAGGAAAAUCCCAGGAGCACCCCGUGCAGUCUCCCAGAGCCCAUCGUUAAAACUGGAGGCAGUCGCGCCAUUUGAACACGAGAAUGUCGGAUGUUGCCCCUGCCUACGUUGUAUUUUCAUGCUGCAAUGUUCACAAUGUGUAGUUGGAGGUAUAUAUAUAUAUAUAUAUAAAAUAAAUAUAUGUUACAUGUAUAUACUUGUUGGAAGAGAGGGCAAAAAGCUUGCCAGAUAUUUACAGCUGGUUCGUUAAGUGGAAGGUUGUUUCGAAUCCAUCCCCAGAAGUAGCGACGACGACGAGGCAUUUCGGUCUUGCGCGAGACCAAGUGAGCUGAACCAACACUAGUCUUCUCUACAAAGCACUUGCAUGUCCAUUGUGGAAACAGACAAAACCAAAAAAAAGUAUCUCACACCAACACCUUAGUUUGAAAAGAGUCCACAAUUCUCAGAGUUUUGGGGUGGGAGGGGAGACAUUUUCCGCUUGUUGUUUCAUUCACGGGGGACAGUUUCUCCCCUCGGCCGUUUUCAAGAAGAGAGCUCCUGUAUUUAAUCGAAUGUUAUCCACAUAACGGAGGUGUACAAACUGGGAUGUGAGAAUAAACCUACAGAAAACGA